GGCAGGAGCAAGAGGCCCCUGGAGUCGCUGGAACUGGGAGCUUUGGAGCAUUAACGGUAACGAUGACCGCCCUGCUUCUGCUUUGUGUGUCCUUGCCCUUCAUCUCGGCAACAGUAUUGUUUGAGCUUAAAGAUCAUGAUGACUUGGAUGGCACAUUGCGUGUCAGCAUCCCUAUGGAGAUGCCUCUCCGUCCUCUGUUGGGCAGCAAGGUAGUGGUACCAUGUUACUUCCAGGACAACACAGUCAAUGAUACCGGCGCCCCGAUCAUCGCCCCGCUCUCCCACCGCAUCAAAUGGACCUACGUCACCAAGGAGAAAGUCACCACGAUCCUUGUGGCAUCAGAGGGAAAAGUUCAAGUGGAGACAGAGUAUUUAGACAGAGUGACCAUGAUCAACUACCCGCUGGUGACCACUGAUGCAACCAUCGAGAUAACAGAGCUGAGGUCCAAAGAUUCUGGCACCUACCGCUGCGAGGUGAUGCACGGCAUUGAGGACAACUAUGACUCUGUGGACAUCCAGGUUCAGGGUAUUGUGUUCCACUACCGAGCCAUCUCCACCCGCUACACCCUGACGUUCGAGAAGGCAAAGGCCGCCUGCAUCCAAAACAGUGCCACCAUUGCCACUCCAGCCCAGCUGCAGGCUGCUUACGAUGACGGAUACCACCAGUGUGAUGCUGGAUGGCUCUCGGAUCAGACUGUCAGGUACCCCAUCCAUGAGCCGCGGGAGCGUUGCUUUGGAGACAAGGAGGACUUCCCCGGCGUGAGAACCUAUGGCGUGAGAGAUGUCAAUGAGACCUACGACGUGUACUGUUUUGCUGAGAAGCUGUCAGGCAGGGUCUUCUACUCCAUGUCUGUAGAGAAGUUCACCUUCUAUGAAGCAGGAGAUCAGUGUGCCAAACUCGGUGCCCGACUCGCCACCACCGGAGAGCUAUACCUGGCCUGGAAGGCUGGCAUGGAUGUGUGUAAUGCUGGCUGGCUGGCGGACAGGAGCGUACGCUACCCUAUCAACAUCGCCAGGCCUCAGUGUGGAGGGGGGCUUCUGGGAGUAAGAACUAUCUACCUGUUCCCCAACCAGACAGGAUACCCCUACCCAGACUCUCGCUACGAUGCUGUCUGCUUCCAAGCUGGUGAGGAUGCCGAUGCCGUUCCCGUGAGGACCACUCCUUUUCCAGACAUAAUCCGCAUGACAUCCGCCCCUGAGAUGUUCCCAAGCUUCACCCCGACACCUGGGGGAGAGGAGAUCAAGGGUGUAGAUGUCACCUUCUCCCUACUGCCCGUCCCGCCCAGUAUGACAGACUUAGAUUCUGCCAUGGCUCCCACAGGUGUGGUGUUCCACUACCGACCCAUCACCGGUCGGUACACUCUGACCUUUGUCGAAGCUCAGCAGGCAUGCCAGAGUGUCGGGGCGGUCAUCGCCAGCCCCCAGCAGCUGCAAGCAGCCUUCAAGAAAGGCCUGCACCAAUGUGACGCUGGCUGGCUCCGCGACCAGACUGUCAGGUAUCCCAUCGUGUCACCCAGAGAUAACUGUGCUGGUAAUCUGCCACACCUCCCAGGAGUCAGAUCCUACGGCCUGAGACCAGCUAGCGAACAUUAUGAUGUUUUUUGUUAUGUGGAACAUCUGCGAGGUGAGGUCUUCUUCACCAGUGACUAUGACAGCUUCUCUUUUGAGGAGGCUGUGCAGCACUGUCAGAAACUCAACGCCACCUUGGCCACCACUGGGCAGCUGUUCGCUGCCUGGAACCAAGGGCUUGACAAGUGCCGUCCAGGCUGGCUGAUGGACCGUAGUGUCCGCUACCCCAUCACAAGUCCCAGGUCACACUGUGGAGGUGGUCAGGCUGGAGUUCACAUGAUCUAUGCCUACCCCAACCAGACAGGAUUUCCUGAUGAGCAUUCGCGUUACGAUGCUUACUGUUUUAAAGCUGAAAUUCCCGUUAUUGACGUUGAACAUGAAACCAUGACGACUGUGACGGUGGAUGUUAUCAACAAGACAACAGUCACAGUUGAUCACUUUGCUCCUACAGUUGAAACUACUGUGUACUACAAUGAAACUGAAACCAGUGUGAAUAUUACUGAAAUAGAGGAUUUUAUCAACAAGACAACCAUCACAGCUCAUGAAGUUGCUCCCACUGUGACAACCCUUUUACCUCCAGUCCCUGUUGAUGUGUCUGGCUCUGGUUCAGCUGUUGAUGUGUCCGGCUCCGGUUCAGCAGAUCAUUCAGCCAGUGGGGAGAUCUCAGGGGAGUCUGGCACCUCCGGUACCAGUGUUGAUGCCUCCGGUUCAGGACAGAACGUCAUCUUCAGCGGACGCACUGACGUCUUCUCCGGAGAUCAAUCUGCCUCUGGAGAUCUGCAGGAGGCAGAAGGGGGAAGUGCUGUCAUUGUCACAUCUGGAGAACUGGGUAGUGCAUCUGGAUCUGGGGAGGGGUUAGACAGAAAACACUCCGGCUUCAGUGUAUUGGGAUCAGGUUUUACUAGUGGAAGUGGGGACAGCAGUGGUGACUUGAUCAUCAUGGUGGAUGGGAAGAUGGAAGAGGUGGAGAAAACUUACCAAAAACCCACUGAGCAAGAGUUCAGCCAGGGAGGCAUUGAUACCAGUGGGACAUUCUUGGAAUCAAGUAUGUCCGGAUCAGGCUCGGGUGAAUUUUCUGGCAUCUCAUUUGUCGACCACAGUACCAUUGAUCUGACAGUCCAGCCAUCCGGUGAGCAGGAGGUGUCUGGAUAUCGCCCCUUUGGAUCUGGGGUCCACAGCGGCUUUCCCAGUGGUUUUCCAUCUGGUGUCUCAGGCAGCGGCUCUGCCUCUGGGUACUAUGUGCUGCGUGGUGAUGUCAUUUACCUAACAGACAAUGACAUGAUAGAAGUGACCGAACUGCCACAGGUACGCGACCCUGAGCAGGGACGGGGGGUGGUGGAGGUAAGCGGGGAAGGAAGUGGGUCAGGGAACCAUCAUGAAUUUAGUGCCACUUCGGACCAAAACUUGCUUCUCUCAGGAAGUGGAAUCCCUCAUGAAAAACCGUCUGCUGAGAAGCUUUCUAUCGCCCUACCGCCUGGAAUGACUUACACUGAGUACAUUGCCAGUCUCGGUAAAUCAGGACUCUGGGAUGAGGGUCAGGAAACCCUUGCAGGACCUACAGUUUAUGCAGUGACUCCAGACGCAGCCUACACCAGCCCAACCACAGCACCGUCGUUUUCAUUAUCAACCCCUGCUGCAGUGGAGCAACCUAAAGUAGUGGAAGCCUCUGCAGACCCCUGUGAUCCAAACCCCUGCAGUUCAGGAUCCUGCUCUGUGCAGGGAGAGCUCGCUGUGUGUCAGUGUCCUACUGGUUUCACUGGUGAAGACUGCUCAACACCUGUGCAGGGCUGUGCAGAGGGCUGGUUGGAGUUCAAGGGAAGCUGUUACCUCCACUUUGCGGAGAGAAACACCUGGUCUGAGGCUGAGCAACGCUGUCAGGAGGUCAACGCCCACCUGGUCAGCAUUGGCUCCCAAGAGGAGCAGCAGUUUGUCAAUUCCAAUGGCCAGGACUACCAGUGGAUUGGACUUAAUGACAAAGAUGUGCAGAAUGAGUUCCGUUGGACAGACGGCAGUCCUCUGACCUUUGAGAACUGGAGGCCCAACCAGCCAGAUAACUACUUCAACUCUGAGGAGGAUUGUGUGGUGAUGAUCUGGCACGAGGGUGGACAGUGGAAUGACGUGCCCUGCAACUACCAUCUUCCCUUCACCUGCAAGACUGGACCUGCCACGUGCCGAGCUCCCCCUGAGGUGGAACACGGUCGGCCGUUGGGUAGCGGCAGAGAGCGCUACCCUGUCGACUCUAUAGUCCGCUACCAGUGUGACGCAGGCUACACACAGCGCCACCUGCCCGUCAUACGCUGCAUGCCAGACGGACAGUGGGAGAAGCCACAAGUGGAAUGUACAGAAGCCGGUGCCAACAGCAACAGGCUACACAAAAGAUCCCUCAGGAGAAGAAGUAAAGGGGUCAGCAGCCAACAGGAACAGAGGAAGCUGCUCUGAGCAGGAAUGAAAAGGACAUACAACAGAGAGCCACAAAGGACCCCCCUCUUGUAAAGAAGCAUGGACACCAAUGCAAAUGCCCGACCAAAAAGAUAACGUUCCCUACCAUGUGUAUACACACACACACACACACACUAAAGCACAUUUAGACAGUGGUAGUGUAAUUGACUGAUGUUUUGAAUCUUUGAGUGUCACCCUGCACCUUCUGAAGGCAGUUUUUGUAUGUAUUUGUACUGUCUAAUUUAUAGCUGUGAUCUAGUAUUUGAAGGCAUUUUUUCAAUGCACAUGAUGACAUUUUCUGCAAUCAGUUGCCAGCACUGCACACAAAGUAAGGUAGAUAAAAUGGUCAAAUAGUGAUAUAGAGGCUUAAGAGUGACACACAAAGUCCAAAACAGCCCAAUUUAAACGUGUUUUCGAUUGCAGCUGGAUUCUCUGAAGUCAAACACAUUGUUACAUAGACUAUUGCUAUAUUUUUAGGGUAUUUUUCUAGAUCUGUGUUUCUUAGUAGUUUUUAUUUCUUUUAUUUGGUCUCGAAGGACUACAAUUGUGUGCUUCAGAAUGGUGAAACAAUACUGUUUCUUACAUUAUAGGCAAAGACAGUGAAUCUCAAACCUUUUUGGUUGUGACCCCUGAAAAUACAGCAAUGCGUACAUGUUACCUCUCCUAACCUACAAUAUAAAAAUGGUAAAGUUAGGUUUUGUUUUAUUUGAAUUAUCAGAGGAGGCCUACAAAAAUCUAGCCUGGAAAUCCAGACCCAAAUCUGAAAGAUUAAGGGUCUGGCAUUGAGUAAUGAAAAUGGCCCAACUCGAGGGGCGGCACCAAGCAUGCAUUUGAAAAUAACACUAUGACCAAUCACAACUAAGCCCCAUAAGCCCCAUACGCUUAGCUACCAGCGGAGCUAACUGGUAGAUUAAACUGUCAUCAUCUGUUUAGCUCGUCUCUGGCCCGCCUAUAUCAGAUACACCGAUGUGAUUGGUGCAACUCGGCUACAAGGGCAUAGUUAAUGAGCAUCAUUACUCAAUGCCAGAGAGACUCGCUGUGCAAAUUAAAAUUGUGCUCUCGCGAGAACUCUGGAUUUCCAGGGUAACAAAAAUCCAGAAUUGCAUAAAAACCCCAAUCUGAGUAAAAGCAAGGGGUAAAAGACAUGCCGAUACAUUGGUGAUAAGCCAUCUUUCAAGACCGCAACCUCAAGUUUGAGAGCUACUGUGCAAAAACAUUGCCACAGUAUCAGAUAUACUGAAAUGAUUGUGCUGUUCCAAUUGAUGAUGAAUAUAGAAAUCCAAGUUCAAGACGUGAUUAAAGUCACUACAACAGACCUGGAUUGAAAUAAUCAGCACUCAUGCACUUUUGGGAGUCUUCAGUCACUUCUGUGCUAAUCAUUUGAAUCCAGUGCACCUUAAAGACAAAAAAACAAACCUCACCACACCUGUAGCCGACACAUUUCAAGCAACGGAAUAACAAGUGAGAUUUACAGUAUGAUGCUGAAUUGGCUGAUGGCUUUUCUGCCAGGACCAGGUUGCAAAAGAUCCACACCCAGUUUUGCAUUUUGUGGUUUAUGUUUGCGACUUCUCAAGAGCAAUCAAUGACUUCUGUCAGCACUGUCUGAUAUAAGAAUAAUGCUUUUAUGUGAUUCGGUGUUUGCUGAAUGAAUGAGUUUCUCACUGUAAAUAUUCUACCAUUCUCUGAACAGCAGGAUCUGUCAACAACUCACGCAGAGCAGACCAUUUAAUUGUUUGAUUAAUUCAAAAUCAACCUGCUUGUUGAUUUGUUAGUUUUAUUAGCUGGUAAGUUGCAGAUAUGAGCUACUUAUCAAGUGGGCAUGACUUUUGAUAGCCAGCUGAACAUAAAGUCUCAGACAUCUUCAUGAAGGUUUCUGGCUUUAGUAAUAUGACAGGGUCUUUAAACAGAAAUGUACUUCUUAAAACUUGAGGAAUUUCACACUUUUAGGGAAAAGAAGCUGUGAAAGCAGUACAAAUGAUUAUGAAAAAUGAUGAGAAAGAAGAUGGAGAAGGUUGAGGUGGAGGUUAUAAAAUGUUGACCAUGGCCUUUUAAAGGUCAAGAUUUGUUUUUCAACUCUGAAACCAGAUAUUUGAGUCCGUAUCUGACUUCUCACGGAACAACCACACACACACAGACAGUCAAACUGGUACUCUAAUGGACACACACACAAUUUAGUAAACACACUAUAUGAUGUGAAAGUGGAUGAGUGAGCGUGACAACGCCACAAAGUGAAACACGUGGCUUGCUCAAAGUUUGUACAUUUUGUACAAGUAGGCUAAAUAAAUAAAUGAAGGUGAUGUGGACACUCCUGGUAUGUGCUGAAAUUCUUUUACUAUUAUAUUUAAGAGUAUGCUAAGAUUUCAUCUUGAAGCCAACAUUUGAGUGAUUAUGUGGAGGCCAGUUGAAGAUAAUCAGUGAGUCUGUAUCAGUUCAUCUUUUGACAAAUAAACCAAAAUAUGUGUAACCUUGCACACAUACACAUCUGUUGUGACUUUGUUCAGAUCCCGAAUCCUGAUGUGAACAUACAGUAUGCUGUACUGUGCUGUACCAAAUAAAACUUGGAAUCAUC